AUGGCGGAGGAACCAACUCUACCCCGGCUUCCUGCCGUGUCCUGGGACGGGCGCACCCAGAGCAUUAGCACUCGCACGAGGAAACGCGCCCGGUUGGAUAGAUCCGAGGCACCGCCCGUAGUUUCCACCUCAAGUGACCCUGCCUUCUUUUCCAGUGACGAUGAUCCAUCCGUUGAGAAUUACACACGCGUUCGAAGAAAGAAGCGCCUGGUCGGGUCCUGGUAUGAACAGCAACCCGCGCCUUCGUCCGACUCUUGUUUCGGAGAGGAUGCAAUUCCACCUCCAAGGCCAAAUCGAAAGUUUGCGCGACACUUUGACAGCGGUGUAUGGAUGACAGAGGCCAGUGAUGACGGCGCGUGUGACGAUGACUUGCCGGGGUUGACGAGCUCGACAUUUCCUCCCAAAACAAAACUUCCCCUGCCCAUCCGUCCGGACGGGCCGAAGCUUUCGGGGGCUGAGACUGCUGCGAGGAAGACUAUCCAGAUGUGCAUCGAUGAUGGCGUAGAGACCAUUGAUUUAUCUGAUCUUCAUCUUCAAUCUAUAUCCAAUGACACAAUUGUACCGAUUUCCACCCUUGCGCCAAUCCCCAUCGUCACCCAAGACGUCCCCUUCGAGCCAAAGGACCCAAGCAUUAAACUCUUCCUCGCAAACAACAGACUCAGCAAGGUACCAGGCGCCAUCUUCGAUUUGGAGAACCUCACCCUGCUAAGCUUGAGGGGGAACCGGAUUGAAGAGCUACCCGAUUCCAUUGGCAACUUGACAAACUUGAGAGAGCUGAAUAUCUCUCAAAAUCGACUCAAGUUUCUACCAAGCUCCCUUCUGAAGCUUCUAGGCCCGGGAUCCAACCUGGUUUCCCUUAGUGUCCAGCUCAAUCCGUUGUUACAGGUAGAUCGGACCCUUGUCGCAAAGGCGCGCGAGAUCGACGACGCAAUUGACAGCAGCGAAAUAUCCGCCAUUACUGCGUAUUUUGUUGCUCGCUCAGCCGUCCGAGUCUCCGCCGGUAUAGGAAAGCGAGCUCCGGAGGUGGACUUAACAGUGCCCUUCGAUGAGGGGACCGCCGAAUCCCAAAGCUCGGAAGUUUCGCUCUUGUCGAACCCAUCUCGAGUGCCGAGUCUCCAGGAAUUGACCUUGAGAAAAUGCUAUCAGAGCUCUCUGCUUCGAGAGUUUCCGGACUACCUUCCAGAUGACUCCUUUGAACAUUUACGGGAACUUCUUCGAAAGGCGUUGGCCCAACGAGAAAGCGGGGGCGUCCACUGUUCAAUAUGCGGGCACCAUCUCAUCACCCCUGUGACGCAGUGGGUUGAGUGGUGGGGCAUAAAAUACAACUCACCAACUCGUCCACAACUCCCUCGCCUACACGAUCCGGACGUGGUGCCAUUCUUCAACGUGGGAUGCUCGCUGGCUUGCGUGCCCCGGAAUAUCUCGCGUGGAACGACUCUGGAGGAGCUUCGAGGUCGGGAUGGGGAAAAUGUAUAA